AUGACGACGCUUGCCGUGUCCAAUUUACCAGGCACAACGAGCUCUGAUGUCGCACCACCCGCACAACGCAUCGCUGAAAAGUCAUCGAUAUCCAUGGCCGACGGAACUGUUCCUCUACUGCUAAGAGAAGGAGUACACAUGACAAAAAUAUCUCCUGGAAAGCAGAAAAGUUAUAUAUUUAAACUCGAUCCUGAUCAAGGUCAGAUCAUAUGGCAAUCCAAGAAACUGCGGAUCAUCCCUAUCGAGAAUAUUAAGGAGCUUCGCUUCUCAUCUGACGCCCGUUAUUAUCGCCAACAAUUCCAACUUGCGCAAGAUUAUGAAGACAGAUGGAUUACCAUCAUCUACAUUCUCAAUGGCGCCUAUAAAACCCUUCACCUGAUCUCUUCAACCAAGGAUGUAUUCCGCAUGUGGGACAUCACACUGAGGAAGCUUUAUGCAAUACGCCAAGAACUUAUGACGGGUCUUGGGAAUGAAGAGAUCAGACAUGCGAUCUGGGAGAAGCAGUACUGGACGGCAUCGGAUCAGUCGAGCGACCAUAAGUUGCGCUUUGAUGAAGUGGAGAAGCUCUGCAGACGCCUAAAUGUUCAUACUUCGACAGAGGAGCUGAAGCGGCUGUUCAAGCAAGCAGACACGAAGUGCCAAAGUUUUCUUAACUUCUCUGACUUUCAGCGCUUUGUCAAACUGCUUAAGGCGCGCCCGGAUAUCGCCCUGUUGUACAAGAAACUGUGCUAUAGCAACGACGGGCAAUUUGAUUUUAACGUCUUUGAGCAUUUCAUGCGUAAUACUCAGAAGGCAUGUUUUUCAUCUACGCUGUCCCGCCCUGAACUCUUAGAACUGUUCGCGCAUUACGCCAAGAAACCGGAUGAUUCAUCGGAUGCCAGCCCACCAUACUCUCCACCCUUGCCCGACGGACCCGCAUCUCCGCCCUCAAGAUUACUUUCUCCUCCAUUGUCUACUUCUCCCCCGUCCGAUAAUGUGAUCUCACAGCCCCUCAUAGCUCCCAUCGACAUAUCAGUGGCCUACAUAACUCACAAACUUUCCGCAUCUUGUCGGUCUCCCAGACUGGUCAUGUCACUUGAUAGUUUUACCUCAUUUCUUUUGUCUUCCGACAAUUCAGCUUUCAAAGAGCAGCAAGGCAAAGUGUGGCACGAUAUGACGCGUCCACUUUCGGAGUAUCUUAUCUCUUCCUCGCACAAUACAUAUCUUACCGGCAACCAACUCGUUGGUUCUAGUACAAUCGAGGGUUACAUCCGGGCUCUUUUGCACAGUUGCCGUAGCGUCGAGAUUGACGUUUAUGAUGGCGACAAUGAACCGAUGAUUUUCCAUGGAAAGACAUUCACUUCUAAAGUUCCAGUGAGAGAAGUGUGCGAAGCCAUCGCAAAGUAUGCUUUCGUUACGUCUCCAUACCCCAUCAUCAUAUCUGCCGAAAUCCACUGUUCGGUGCUGCAACAGGAGAUGAUGGUGGAGGUCAUGCGCGAUGUAUUCCAAGAUGCGCUCGUCAGUGCACCUGUGGAAGGGCGCCCGACGUUAGAAGUUCUCCCAAGUCCAGAGCACCUGAAAGGGAAGGUGCUGUUGAAGGCAAAGAGCCUCCAUGUCUCAGAGAACGAAUCUAUUCGUGCGAAAGAAGUCAGCAUCGACAUAGAGUCCUCUUCUACCGAAACAUCCACAGACUCAGAUGUUGUUCAAGACAUCAGGGACGAGCGGACAAAGCUAAGGGUCUUUGAAAUGGAUGCUAUCAACGAGGUGAAGGACGAGUUCAAGAAGGCCCGCAGUCUAUUCAGUCGUGUUCGCGGUGGACAUUCCCACAAUAUGUCUGGCGUAGCUGCUCUUGCUGUACCGACUGUGACCUCUUUAGCGACGUCUGAGCCCCCUGCUCGACCGGAACUUCGUGACGUCGGCAAAGUUAAGAUGUCGAUCGCUGUUGCGAGUCUCCUUGUAUACACCGUUGGUGUGAAGUGCCGAGGUAUCAACAAGAAAGAGCACUACGCACCGGAACACAUGUUCUCUCUCUCAGAGAAGACGGCUAACAAGGCGAUGAAGCAAGGAAUGGUAGAUCUUAUCAAGCACAAUAGGACACAUCUGGUUCGACUAUAUCCAAAAGGCUUGAGAGUGAACUCGUCUAACUACUUACCGCAUCGCUAUUGGACUGCUGGCGCGCAGCUCGUGGCUAUCAACUGUCAGACGUUCGAUCUAGGUUACAUGAUUAACCAUGCCAUGUUCCAGCGCAACGGACGAGCGGGCUACGUCUUGAAGCCCCUGGCCCUCCGUACACAUGACAAGGAGUUGCUAUCUCGUCAUACUCAACAUUCGCUUGACAUAUUGGUCAUCUCCGCUCAACAGCUACCUCGUCCGAAAGACUCCCUCGGGCACGAGAUCAUGGAAAAGUCUAUGGUGGACCCAUACGUCGAAGUUUCCAUCCACGUUCCCGACUGGCCUCACGCCUCGUGUCACCAUUCAUCCUCUUCUUCUGCAACCCCUUCACCUUCCUCAACUGGUUCAACUGGCCGACUCCUGUCCAGACGCACCAAUUCAGUCAAGAACAAUGGCUUCAACCCUGUUUGGCAGGAAACAUUGAGCCUUCCAUUCGACUGUGUUGGCGACAUGUUUGAUUUGAUCUUUGUGCGUUUCGCGGUGCGCAGGGAUGGCGACAACGAUGAAGAGCCGAUUGCCGUGUAUUGCGUCAGCCUUGGAAGUUUGGCGAUGGGCUAUCGGCAUCUACCUCUGCACGACACGCAACUCUCACAGUACCUCUUUUCCACUCUUUUCGUAAUGUGUGCUAUCAACUAA